CGCCCAUCAUGGCCAGCGACCGUACCUCAUCCUUCCACCCUGGCGGAGCCCGUGACGGCUCCCUGGCACCUCAGCACCUACCACACCAUGCAGAUGACCUUGAGCCCAGUCUAUCGACGCUGCUGCUUCACGCAGACGAGCCUGACCUCUCGCUCAACCCCGUAGGCCCCGUAGCGCCCGAUGUCAACCUCUCCACCACCUACCGACAUGCUCAUCCCUCUUCAGAGCUGUAUGAGAUGCCCCAUGACCAGUACGACUGGCAGAAACCACAGGCCCACAUUUAUUCGAGGUACACGCAGGAUUCGCGCAACAGAGUCGAGCAGGUUUUGAGCAGCCUGUUGGGCGGACAUGCGGUUACGUACGCAAGUGGCCUCAAUGCCGCAUUUGCUGUGGCACUUCAUUACCAGCCCCGCGUCAUUGCCUUGAGAAGGGGAUACUUUGGCUGUCACGAGUCGUUCAAGACGUACGCAAAGACAAAGGGCGAUGUCCAAUUCAUCGACCUUGAUGCUCCCUACCCGGCUUCGACGCCGAACUCGCCCCUCCUCGUUUGGCUAGAAACGCCUCUCAAUCCCAGCGGUGAAGCGCGUGAUAUAGCCCACUACGCCUCGCUCGCGCAUCAGGCCGGCGGCAAGCUGGCAGUUGAUGCCACUUUUGCACCACCUCCCCUGCAAAAUCCCUUCAAGCAAGGAGCAGACUGUGUCAUGCAUUCGGGCACCAAGUACUUUGGCGGGCACUCCGACUUGCUCGUCGGCGUCGUUGCCGUCAAAGAUGCGGAGGAGGCUAAGCGAUUGUGGCACGACCGGACUUACCUUGGAUCUCCUCCAGGAAAUCUGGAGUCGUACCUUCUUCUACGCUCUCUGCGUACUCUUACCGUCCGUGUUGAGAAGCAGAGUCAGACGGCGACGAAGCUUGCGCAAUGGCUCUGGACGCUUUGCCCGCGCAAUGAAGAGGCGAAGGUACAGAAUGAGAGGGAUUUCGUGAUCCGGAAGUCGGGAAUCGUAGGAUGGGUGGCACAUGGGUCGUUGCAGCCCAGGGGUCCUAACAUGCAGGAUACGGGGUCGGGAAAGAAGCCCGAGGGAGUGGACUUUGACCCGCGCGCCCAAAUGCCUGGCGGCUUCUCGCCCACCUUUUCGCUGCGCAUCUCUGGCGGACAGCACAAUGGUGGGGCACGCGCUGCGUACCUCCCUCACCAGACCGCCUUCUGGAUCCCUGCCACCUCUCUCGGUGGAGUCGAGUCACUCAUCGAACAGCGUAUCCUUGCUGAAGCGAGCGAGGAUCCGGGUACGAUCAGACUCAGCGUCGGGCUGGAGGCCUUUGAGGAUUUGCAAGCUGACCUGCGCAGGGCGUUGUUGAGGGUAUUGGAAUUGGACGGGGCUCAGGGGGGAGGAAAAGGGGGUCAGCUAAGAUGGCGCCUGGCUGAGGUCAAGUUGGAGGCAGAGCAAAAGGCUGCGAAGGAGAGGGGAGAGGCGUGAGUGCGGCAAGGGCCGGAAGUUUGAAAGGACGACUUAGCAUGAAUCACAAGCGCAGUCAAUCGAUCAAUUGACGAGCAGACGGUUAGAAAAGGACCGCUUGUGGCCUAGAAAAAGAGGAAUAGGAUGGAGUCAAACGCUCAAAGAGGUGUCAAAGCGAUGGAGUUCAAAUGCCCUGCAUCGUCUCCUCGUCAUCGCCUCACCACCAUCCCUUACUUGAGGCAGGCACAUGCCUCUUCAUUGCGUUCGACGUCGACGGCGAGCCGCUG